GCUGGCAUAGAUCCUAAUAAAUGUGGAUUGGACUAUAGAUAUGAAUCAUACUGAGAUGACGAAGUAAUGUGUGUACCUCGAACAUCGUUUUCUUCCAAUUUUCUUCAGUCAAACGCAGAGUUCGUUGCCUCCAACAACCUAAGCUGGACACCCGAACUUCCACAGUGUUCAUGUAUUCUUAUUUCCCCUUUGUGUUUUCGCCUGUAUGCUCAUUUUGCCUCUGUCCAUGAAAUUUAGAAUAUUAAAUUUUUGUGAGGACAAAUACUUUAUCGUGGGAAUAUAGGCUUUAAAAAGUGUACAAAAGUGAAGAAUUUAAUCAAAUUUAACGGAAGAGGUCCUCAUAAAUAGACGAUUUGUGCGACGAGAUGACAGCGAUUCUGCCGGAACUGAUAGUUCGACGACCGGUGUACCAACAAGAUGAAUUGCACCGAAUUGGACAGUAUGCUCAACCCAAGACACCACAUAUCUGACUUUUGGCACGGCAGCUAUCUUAAAUCCGAAAUUUCUCAUUAUUUUUCAUCAGUCAGGGAGAAUAUAGGAAAUCAUUGUAAGGAGUUUGAGGUAGAAUCGUGUAUAAAACGAACAGUCCCUAUAGUGGAUUGGCUCUUCAAUUAUGAAUGGAAGAAGGAUAUAGUUGGAGAUGUUAUUGCUGGAAUUACAGUGGCUGUCAUGCACAUUCCUCAGGGUAUGGCUUAUGCCAUUUUGGGGAACGUACCACCCAUUACAGGAAUAUACAUGGCAUUUUUUCCAGUAUUAGUAUAUGCAAUUUUUGGAACUUCAAGGCAUAAUUCAAUGGGUACGUUUGCAGUAAUAUGCAUGAUGACUGGAAAAGUAGUUUUAAGUCACGCUACAUUACUGGGGACAGCUAAUAAUACCAAAGACCUUAGCAACAAUACAUUAGGUCUGAAUUCUGAAGGCAUCCAAUACACACCAACAGAAGUAGCUACGGCGGUUACAUUCAUGGUGGCUCUGAUGCAGUUGGCAAUGUAUCUCCUACAACUGGGUGUCAUAUCCUCCCUUUUGUCUGAAACUUUGGUCAGUGGUUUUACAACUGGAGCCGCCGUUCACGUACUCACAUCCCAAAUAAAGGACCUCUUCGGUCUCAAACUAGACAAACGGAAAGGACUCUUCAAAGUUAUUCUCACUUACGUCGACAUUGUGACUAAUAUAGAAAAUGUUAAUAUAUCUGCAAUGAUCCUGUCCUCAAUAACUAUAAUUGCAAUUGUCAUCAAUAACGAAGUGUUAAAGCCACAAGUAGCAAAGCGAUGCCCAAUACCAAUACCGAUAGAAAUGAUUGUUGUUGUACUGGGUACAGUAUCAUCAAUGUACAUGAACAUGGCAGAUACUUAUGGCAUAAGUACCGUAGGGCAGAUUCCUGUGGGAUUACCAGAACCAAAACUACCACCUUUUGGUUUAUUAGGUGCUGUAGCUCUAGAUAGUUUUAUUAUCACAAUGGUCUCUUACACCAUAUCAAUGUCGAUGGCAUUAAUAUUUGCUCAAAAACUCAACUACGAGGUAAACCCAAAUCAAGAAUUAUUUGCUCAGGGUCUUGGAAACCUUGUUGGAUCGUUUUUUUCUUGCAUGCCUUCAUGUGCCUCGUUGUCCAGAUCAUUAAUUCAACAAACUGUAGGUGGUCGGACUCAACUCGCCAGUUUUAUUUCGUGUAGCAUUUUAUUAAGUGUCUUACUUUGGAUUGGUCCCUUUUUUGAACUUUUGCCACGGUGCAUCCUUGCUGGAAUUAUAAUAGUAGCCCUCAAAGGAAUGUUGCUACAAGUAAAGGAUUUGCUGAAAUUCUGGAGAAUGUCAAAAAUGGAUGCUACCAUAUGGAUAAUGACUUUUCUCAGUGUAGUAAUCUUUGAUGUUGAAUAUGGACUUUUUGUCGGUGCAGCUUUAUGUAUAGGGAAUUUGUUGACUUUAACAAUGAGACCUUACACAUGCAAAUUGGCCCUUGUUCCUGGCACAGAAUUCUUCUUGGACGUCAAAAGAUACAAAGGAACAGUGGAAGUACCAGGGGUCAAAAUUUUGCAUUAUUGUGGUGGUUUGAACUUUGCUUCUCGGCAGCACUUCCGCAAACAAGUUUACCAAACAGCAGGAGUGGUUCCCCAAAAAGAACUGAUAUUAAGGUUAAAAAAUUCAGAAAAGGAAAAUGCAGAAUCGACAAAUAAGGUGAAUGUUGUUGCAUUAUGUAAAGACAUAGUAAAAAAAUUGACGUCCUCACACGAGUGGAAAAGGCAACUUAGUACCUGUGCAAUGGCUGGAUAUUCGAAUGUGGGUUUCGAAGGAGAUACGUGCACUUUCCAAGAGACUUCGCCUGUUACCGGCAUGCCGUAUAUGUACAGCAACAAACUGAGAGUUUUGAUCUUGGACUUUUCGGCCUUGAUCCAUAUUGAUCCAGCUGGAGUAGCAAUGCUUAGGUCUUUGGUUGAAGAAUACAAGAAAAUCGAAGUUUCGCUCUAUAUUGCAGGAUGUUCAGGACCAGUGUUUGACACAAUACGAAAAUGUGAUCUCGUAGAACAGAAGGAAAGCUAUUUUACACUAUUCCCAACUGUCAACGACGCUGUUAGUUACGCUCAGCAUAAGGGACAAAUACUACCUAAUCAUAUCUGGAGUUCUUUUCCAGUAAAUCUAGAUGAAAAUUCAAUUAGCAGAUUUGCUCACAACCCUGCGCUGAACCCUAAUGAAGAAUCCUUCCGUUUCUCGAAACAUGAAGCCCUUCUUCCAGUGACACCAACUUUGGCAUGUUGAGCUACUACACGUGUCUGCCGAAGCAGCCCUCAUUGGUCG